AUGUCUAGAAUUGAUACCGAGGCUUUGAAGCCGGAAACUACAACCCUGGAUAUCCCAACCUUGGGCUCCGUCAAGGGAAAUAAGUUCAUAGAGCUUGAUGGGUUGACCCAGUAUAGCGGCAUCCCCUUUGCCUCGAUUCCUGGUCGUUUCCAGAAGCCUGUUUUGCUAACCAAAUGGGAUGUUCAACAGCUUGACUGUACUCAGUUUGGCCCUUACUCUGUCCAACCACCGAGAAACUUCUAUCCAUUGCCUGGUUUCGCCAGGCCAUGGGCCAAGGCUCCAGUUCAGAGCGAAUUAGAUGUUUUGAACCUGAACGUGUCUGUGCCACCAGGAACCAAGCCGGAUGACAAAUUGCCUGUGAUGGUUUUCAUUCACGGUGGUGCCAAUGCAUAUGCCGCCAACAGUGCUCCCAUGUACGACGGGUUGAACCUGGCCAAAUUUUCCAAGGAGCUGGGCGAGCCAACGGUGAUAGUUACUUUAAAUUACCGUCUGGGGUCGUUUGGUUUUCUUGCCUCAACAGAUUUGAAAAAGUACUCUGAACGCUUGGGCCAGACUGGUGUUGGUAACUACGCUCUAUGGGAUCAACUCACCGGUUUGAGAUGGGUCAACCAGUACAUUGGUGCUUUUGGUGGUGACAAGGAGAAGAUAACUUUGUUUGGACAAAGUGCUGGAAGUCAGGCCGCCCACAUGAUGAUGUUGAAAGGAGAGAAGCUCUUCAACAGAGUUCUUUUGCAGAGUGGCCUCUCUCCUCUGUGUGGUAUCUUUAGCCUUGCUCAAUAUGACGUUGUGUACUUCAAGAUCCUAAAAGAAUUGGGAAUUGACACCAACCUGAGCCCUGAAGAAAGAGUCCAGGCCUUGUUGAAGACAGAUGCCGUUACCCUUAGUGAUGCCACUGCCAAGGUGUUUGGAGUUCCUGUUUUGACCAUGGCAUACACCCAGGAUGAUGACUUCAUUGACCAUAUUCCUUCUUGGGGUGAAUUGGGAGCCGCAGGCCAAAUUCCUGACUUUGUUGAUGCCGUUGUGGUCGGCGACGCUGCGAACGAGUGUAUUAUCUGGGAUGGCACCUACGGGUCCUUUGCAACUAGGGAAAAGUUUCUGCCCAGGUUGAAGUCUAUGUGCUCUCCCGAGCUGUACACGUUAAUUACUGAGUCGUACGAUAUUACGAGUGACCUCUCUGAUGCUGACACCUUCAACAAGGUCGAGCAGUUUACUUCAGAUGGAAUGUACAUCUUGCCCAACUACGUAUUCACCAAGGGCAAUGCUGAUACCGACAAGCUCUACACCUUCCACUUCAACCAGCUUUCUGAGUACGAUAAUGCCUGGGGCGGAUAUGCUCACCAUUCUUUGGACAACGCCCAUGUGUGGUUGAAUCUUUACAAUACCUUCCCAGACCAUGGAAAGAAGCUUGCAAUUGCCAUGGCAACUGCGUGGCUUAAUUUUGCCAAUGGCAAAGAAGAACCAUUCGAAAAAUGGAACUCUGGAAACAGAUACCUAAAUUUUGGUCCAUCGGGGGAGAUCGGCAGGUUCGUUACCCGCUCAGACGACGAAGUUAGAGCCGGUAGAUACAAUAUCUGGGAUAAAAUUAUUUCCGCUGGUUUGGUUGAGGAAUUUGGCAGAGUUUCAGAGGAUAUCAACCUGGAGAGAACCAAGCUUCACGGUUACUGUUGA